AUGUCAGCGCGACACGACCGGUCUCAACUCAAGCCGAUGCGCGGAAAUGUUGUGCAAUUGCUUUCUUGUCUGAUUGCCUUCAAAUUGGUGUUCGCUAAUAUGAGAGGAAGGUUUGUUGAAGCUGAUGGUCAGGUUGUCAGCACAAAGGAUGACAAUGACCAGUGUCCUCCUUGUUUUAACUGUAUGCUACCAAUCUUUGAAUGCAAACAAUUUUCUGAAUGCAAUUCUAAUACCGGGAGGUGUGAAUGUCUGGAGGGCUUUGGCGGUGAUGACUGUUCUAAACCGCUUUGCGGGGCCCUAUCGGAUGGUAACAACAAUAGACCUGCGCGGGAUGACGAGACAGAGAGCUGUCAGUGUGCCGACGGCUGGGGUGGAAUCAAUUGUAAUAUUUGCCAAGAAGAUGCCGCCUGUGAUGUUUUCACCCCAGAGGGUGUGCAGGGGACGUGCUAUAAAAAAGGCAUGAUCGUCAACCAGUUUCAUCAGGGAUGUGAUGUUACAAACCAAAAGAUUGUUCAGAUAUUAGAUGGUAAGAAGCCACAAGUUACCUUCUCUUGCAGCAGGUCGUCCAAGGAGUGCAACUUUCAAUUUUGGAUUCAGGAGAAGGAAAGCUUCUAUUGUGGUUUGUCAACAUGUGAGUUCAAUCAUGACUUGAAGACUAAUUCUUCCCACUACGAGUGCGAAGCGGUUCAAUGCAAAUGCGUUCCGGGGGAGAUGCUUUGUGGGCAAAAAGGUUCAAUUGAUAUUUCCGAGUUUUUGACAGAAACAAUUAGGGGCCCUGGGGAGUUUAGCUGCAAUCUGAAUACCAGAAAAUGCAAGUUCAGUGAGCCCAGCAUGAACGACUUGAUUUCAACAGUCUUCGGUGACCCAUAUAUCACACUUGAGUGCGAAUCCGGGGAAUGUCUGCAUUAUAGCCAGAUCCCAGGGUACCAAGAGCCAGACAAAGAAAAGUUGUCUUUGCUUUCAAUCAUCAUUCUGGCGGGAACUUCAAUGUUGGUUCUUGUCCUGGCAAUCGCUUCCAUCAUUUUCAUCUCAAAGAGUCCUAUAUUCAGCAAGCCUGCUGUAGAAUUGACUGACGACGAGGACUACGGGGACAGUGAAUUUCUUAAGUUGGGUUUUAGGUCCACACUUACGUUUGAAAACAUUGAAUAUAGCAUCCACACAGAUAAGAAAACGAAACUUCUAAAUGGUAUAAGCGGUUCGGUCAAGCCAGGUGAAAUAAUGGCUCUAAUGGGUGGUUCGGGUGCAGGGAAGACUACUCUGUUAGAUAUCUUGGCCAUGAAAGACAAAGCUGGCAAAGUCUCAGGAUCUGUGAAGGUGAAUGGCUCUGAAGUCUCGAAACAAAAUCUGAAAAAAAUUAUUGGAUUCGUCGAUCAGGAAGAUUUUCUGCUUCCAACUUUAACCGUUUACGAGACUGUUCUGAAUAGCGCUCUUCUACGUUUGCCUAGAAAGUUGAGCUUCUCCGCCAAACAAAAACGAGUUUAUCAAGUUUUAGACGAAUUGCGUAUUUUCGAUAUUAAAGACCGCAUUAUUGGAAGUGAUUUUGAGCGUGGAAUUAGUGGUGGUGAAAAGAGAAGAGUGUCGAUUGCUUGCGAACUUGUGACUUCACCUUCUAUUUUGUUUCUAGAUGAGCCCACUUCGGGCCUGGACUCAAAUAACGCCAACAACGUCAUUGAAUGUCUCGUGCGUCUUGCCUUACACUACAACAGGACUUUGGUUUUAUCAAUUCACCAACCUCGAUCGAAUAUAUUCAAGUCAUUCGAUAAGCUAGUCCUAUUGAGUCAGGGUGAAUUGGUAUAUUCCGGCAUUGCAAGUGAGGUGAGCGAAUUUCUUCGGAAUAAUGGUUACGUGUGUCCUUCUGACUACAAUAUUGCCGAUUACCUCAUUGAUAUCACAUUUGAGUCAAAGCAGACAUAUACCAGGAUAGCGUCAACACCAGAUGACAUUGAGUCUAACUUGCAUAGCGUGGGAGGGAAUCUUCCGAUGGAAGGUUCGGUGGCCAGGAAAAACUCCGAGACCGCUACUCAGCGUGAAUGGGAACACUACGCAGCUCAUCGAGAUGAGCUACGCUCCCUUUUAGCUCAUAACGAAGACGAAGAAGCCGGUGGUUUGGGCUCGCUAAAUACUAAAGUGCUGCAUUCUAAAUUUAAAGAAAGUCAAUACUUCUCUGCUCUGCUCGCUGACAUUGAAUCAAUCAAACUUUCCUCCACUUCCGAUACGAUUGAAAAUAAUAGUGGCACCCAGGCUGCCUCUUUCAGGCAACAGUUAGUUAUACUGUCAUCCAGGACUUUCAAAAAUAUUUACCGAAAUCCAAAGUUAUUGCUCGGGAAUUACGUGGUCACCCUCUUUUUAGGGUUGUUUUUGGGUUCACUAUACUAUGAUGUUCAAAACAAUAUUAGCGGGUUUCAAAAUCGCUUAGGGCUUUUCUUUUUUAUCCUGACUUACUUUGGUUUCUUGACAUUCACCGGACUAACUUCUUUCUCUCUGGAAAGGAUUAUCUUUUUAAAGGAGCGCUCGAAUAACUACUACUCACCAAUGGCCUAUUACAUUAGCAAAAUUCUAAGUGACGUUCUCCCACUAAGAGUUAUUCCCCCAACCCUUCUUGCACUGGUUGUGUACCCUACUGUUGGACUGAAUAUGAUUGAUGGGGCCUUUUUUAAGUUUGUUGGAAUCCUCGUCUUGUUCAACUUGGGGAUUUCGCUGGAGAUUUUGAGCGUUGGAAUAUUCUUUGAAGAUCUGAACAACUCUAUCGUAAUAAGCGUUUUGAUUUUACUGGCGUCAUUACUUUUUAGCGGUCUUUUUAUCAACACGAAAGACAUCAGCAAUGUUGCGUUCAAAUACUUGAAGAAUUUGUCGAUAUUCUAUUACGCCUACGAGUCCCUUAUCAUUAAUGAGGUAAAGUCCCUCAUUCUCAAAGAAACCAAGUAUGGCCUCAACAUAGAAGUCCCAGGGGCCACCAUCCUCAGCACUUUUGGUUUCCUUGUUCAAGAUUUCUUUCUCGACGUGAAACUACUGAUAGCUUUCAACCUCAUAUUUUUGAUUCUGGGAUAUCUUGGGCUUGAGAUUAUUGUUGUAGAGCAGAAAUAG